AUGAUAGUCAAAAAGUGCAUGAUACACCAUGACCAGAAACUGGCGGGCAAUUUAGUCGGGAGUCCAGUGGUCCCGGACCCUGGACAGUCUUUGGAUUGGGGUGAAGACGAUGUAGAUAGGUUCUCUUUCGAUGAUUCUGACAGAUUUGAAGAGGAUUCUCUGUGCAGCUGGAGCAGCGAGCCAGAAUCGGUGUGCAAUAAUUGGAGAGGAUGGAAAAAAUCCACUUCAAAUCAUUCAACGCCAGUUUUUGGAGCACAAAAGAAAAAUUCAGAUGCAGAGACAUCAGAGGCGACGGCGGCGGUGGGAGGUAGCAGCAGCAGCAGCAGCAUUGGGCCGCUAUGCGAGCUGGCAGCGCGCUGCGUCGCCUCGUACAUCCCGUUCGAAAUGGUGGAGAACGUGUACCCGCCAGUGCCCGAGCAGUUGCAGCUACGCAUCGCAUUCUGGUCGUUCCCCGACAACGAGGAGGACAUUCGGCUCUACUCGUGUCUGGCCAACUCUAGCGCCGACGAGUUCCAGAAGGGCGAGACGCUCUACAAGUGUCGCGCCGUCAAGGAUCCUCUCCAGAUCGGUUUCCAUUUGAGUGCGAACGUGUCGACGCCGCCGUCGCUGGCGCAGAGAGGCGUUUACAAGGUGGCUGUGACGUUUGACCGCCGACGCAUCACCUCCUGUAACUGCACCUGCAACUCCACCGCCUACUGGUGCGCACACGUCGUAGCCGUCUGUCUGCAUCGCAUACACAUGCCGAACAACGUGUGCCUGCGUGCGCCAGUCAGCGAAUCGCUGUCUCGCCUGCACAGAGAGCAGCUGCAGAAGUUUGCGCAAUACCUGAUCAGCGAACUGCCUCAGCAGAUUCUGCCCACGGCGCAGCGGCUCCUAGACGAACUGCUCUCCUCCCAGCCAUCAGCCAUCAAUUCUGUAUGUGGAGCUCCAGACCCGACUGCUGGGGCGUCUGCUAAUGAACAAACAUCCUGGUAUUUGGAUGACAAAACACUCCACAACAACAUUAAAAAUAUCCUCAUCAAAUUUUGCGUUCCAGCUCCUAUUGUUUUCAGUGACGUGAACUACCUGACGACGACAGCGCCGCCGGCGGCCGCCGAGUGGAGCAGCCUGCUGCGUCCGCUGAGGGGUCGUGAGCCAGAGGGAAUGUGGAAUCUGCUCUCCAUCGUCAGGGAGAUGUUCAAGCGCAACGACCGCAACGCACUCCCUCUCCUAGAGAUUAUCACCGAGGAGUGCAUGUCCUGUGAACAGAUCAUCGUGUGGUGGUUCUUCACGAAGGUGGCGCUGCACAGCGGAAGCGGGGGCAGCGGAGGCGGUGGUGGGGGCAGUGGCGGGGGUGGCAAGCACGGCAACGUCAACAGCAACAGCCACGCGUCGCAGCACGCAUGCGCGUCACUGUGCGACGAGAUGGUGGUGCUGUGGCGGUUGGCGGCACUCAAUCCAGGCAUCACACCGCACGAGCGUCGCACCCUCCAGCAGCAGUUCAACGAUUGGAAUGCCAAGAUCAUCAACAAAAUAAAGACGAGGAGUGUAACAACUACGAGCAGCAGUAGCAGCAGUCACAACGCGGCCAAUCAGGCCAGCCGGCAGUCCUUCCCGGGCCUGGAGGUGUUUGCCGGGUUUAAGCCGGCCAUCGAGGCAUGCGCACUCGACUGGGAGGACUACCAGAUCCCGGAGGUCACCUACAGUGACGGAGCCUCCUGGCUCUACUACACACAGCCCUUCACCUGCUUCCGCCAGGGCAACGAUGCCAAUAAAGAGCAGCACACCACUAAUCCGGUGAGCUGA